AUUCGUCCAUCACCACCCACCCAUCAAAGUUCUCUCUUCUUUUCUUCUAUAUUCAAUUGUACUAUAUAACUAACAUAACCUCUUCUUCUCCUUCUCCUUCUCCUUAAAUGGCUUGUUGUGCCAAGAUAAUUUUAACAAUUUCCACAAUAUUUCUAGCCUUGAACUUUAAAACACUUGUGGAAGGUGCACCAGAAGUACCAUGCUACUUCAUAUUUGGAGACUCAUUACUUGAUAAUGGAAAUAACAACGACCUUCAAACAAAAGCAAAGGCCAAUUAUGCACCUUAUGGGAUUGACUUCCCUAAUGGUCCUACUGGUCGAUUCACCAAUGGCCGCAAUACUGCAGACUUCUUAGCGGAACGCUUAGGUUUUGAACACUACAUUCCACCAUUUGCAAGUACAAAUGGUAGUGAGCUCUUGGAAGGUGUAAAUUAUGCAUCUGGUUCUGCUGGAAUUCGCAAUGACAGCGGAAGUCAUCUCGGUGAUCGGAUUUACUUGGACAGACAAUUGAAAAAUCAUAAAGUCACAAUUUCUCGUAUUGCUGAUUUGUUGGGGAAUACAACCUCAGCCAAAAAGCACUUGAAUAAGUGCCUUUUCAUUGUGGGAAUAGGGAGCAAUGACUACAUCAACAACUACUUGAUGCCUGAAAUAUAUCCCUCAAGUCAUUUGUAUACACCAAACGAAUAUGCAACUGCCUUGAUAACUCAAUAUUCACAACAUCUGAGGACUUUAUACGAAGACGGAGCCAGGAAAGUUGCCCUAUUUGGACUAGGCCAAAUAGGUUGCAUUCCAGCAGAGAUGCAAAAACACAAUACACGUAGAUGUGUGGGCUCAACAAAUGAUGCCAUUCAACUAUUCAACAGCAAGCUAAAGUCUCUUGUCGGUGAUCUUAAUACCAAUUUUCCAGACGCAAAAUUCACGUAUAUAAACAUGUACAGCAUUUCAUCAGUCAUUGGUGUCGUUAGUGUGUUGAAUCGUCCAUGUUGUAAAGUUUUGGAAACCAUGCCUGAAGGGCAAUGUGCUCCUGGAGAAACUCCAUGUUUGCUUAGAGGGAUUUAUCUUUUCUAUGAUAAUUUUCAUCCCACUGAGAUUGCCAAUAGGAUUGCAACUAACAGAGCUUAUAAUGCUCUUCUACCGUCCGAUGUUUAUCCUGUGGAUAUCCGUCACUUGAUCAGGACCAAUAGUGUGUAUGAUGAGUAACAUGUGUUUCAUCAUUUGAUUACGUGUAAUUAGUACUUUUACUUGUGAUCUGUAAACGCUUGAAUUAAUUAUGUUAUUAUAUGGCUCCCUUUCAUCAAACUAUUAUUCCUUC